UGGCCAGCUUCAGUUUCCAGUCAAGAGACUUCCUUGGAUACCCUAACCGUAACCCUAACCCUAACCCUAACCCUAACUACAAUCAUCUUUUAAUGGAUUAUCCGGUACUGUCACCGGAUUUCAAUCUUUCCGAUUAUCUGAUACCUGAAACUGGAUCAGAGGAAGAUUCAACGGCAACUAAAAUCGGUUUCUUCGGGUGUGAUCAUCAUCAGUCGUCAUCACAGAACCCAAUUCUGCAACUUGAAAAAGUUAACAACGAUCUGAUCGGAGACAAUGGAAAUGAAUCCACAAGUAGUCAUGACAUGCAAGUGACAGCUGCUACCCAUUUAACUUACUAUACUACUAUUACACCAUCUCUUGAUUAUCCCUAAUUUUCUGUGUUUGUUUGUUUGUUUGUUUUGUGAAUUUGCAGAAAAUGUAAGAAUGGAAUUAAGAGAAUGAAAAUGGACGUGGGUUUCAGGAUUGCAUUUAGAACGAAAUCUGAGCUUGAAAUCAUGGAUGAUGGAUUCAAAUGGAGAAAGUAUGGGAAGAAGUCAGUGAAGAACAGUCCAUACCCAAGGAAUUACUACAGGUGCGCAAGUGGAGGGUGCCAUGUGAAGAAGACAGUGGAGAGGGAUAGGGAAGAUUCAAGCUAUGUGAUAACGACCUAUAAUGGAAUUCACAACCAUGAAAGCCCUUGUGUGGUUUAUUAUAACCAAGUUCCACUCAUGGUUCCUAGUGGAUGGACCUUACAGGCUUCAAACUCAUCUUCUUGAAAAAAUAUUAUUAAUUUACAGAUCUAUCAUCGAUCUGUUGUUGUGGGACUUAGC